AUGUAUCACACCAGCCAGCUGGGCACCCUGAUACUUGGGAUAAUCUCUCUUACUACAACCUUCUCCUAUGGCGCUCCAUCUGCUUCCCUGUCUCGGAUCGAUCAAUAUCAGUUUCUUAAUCUGCCACGCGUUCCUUUUUUGAAUGGAGAGGAGGAUGACCGCGCAAUUUACGGCGGGCCACCUGAUUCGAUUUCAGACGACCUAAACGUUUUUGACAAACGGAAGUCCCCCGCUGGUACAUUCUGGGCGGAAGCUGUCGGAAACGGCUGGAAUAUCAAGAAAACCGGACACUCUAAAUUCAAAAAAGACAAGUAUGUUGGGAAGCUCACAAGGAGUGGGCAUAAGCUCGGAGAAGGAGGACAGGGAACGGUUAUAGAUGGCACAAGGCGGGAAUUUGCCGAACCCACAACAGACCCUGCAAAAGGGGAGUCCUGUGGAGAUGAUCCUGUCGAGAUAUCAGAAGGGGAUCAAGGGUAUGAUUAUGCUCUAUUACUCAAUCCAGUUGACAGCGAAUAUGUUGUCAAACCCCAGAUGUGGGCAAAGACAAUUACCCGUGGCAACGUGGAAUCGAUCGUUGCUUUCGAGGAGUUAACUGAGAAUGCUCAAGAGCUCCUAGACAGAGGCGGGCAGCUCGAUUUUCCCUCAAUGUUAAGAGCAUUGUUUGGAGGAGCGAUAGCUGCGAAGAAAAAGGGACUUUUCAAUAUGGAUAUCAAGCUCAAAAAUCUCAUGACCAAAGAAGACUUGGGGCCAAAAACGAUAUGGAAGAUCAUCGAUUGGGAUAUGAUGGUUUAUCAUGAUCCUCAAAAACAACGCAAUGGCUAUAUGGGUAGUUACGGAUAUAUGCCGCCAGUGGUCUGGGAUAUUGGGAUGACCCUCCUUUACGCCCAGGGUAUUGGGAAAUAUGAAGGAAAGGUGACUCUGGAAAUGAAGCAGCUUGCAAAAAAAAUCUACACCAACAAGGGGAAAACCCCUCCAAACAGCACGAAUGAGAAAUGGAUGUGGAUAGCUUUGCUAUCGGCACUGUCUGAGAAUAAAUCCGUUCUGGAGGUGGAGAAAGACAUUCUACCAACCCAGCUGCAUCGCGGAAAUUCAUUCUCAAGAUAUCGAAGCUGGUACGCGAAAGUCCUGUGCAAGGAAGCAGACCGAUACAAUUUACAGGAAGCGUGGGACGCUCUAGUUGCAUUGAAUGUGGGGUUGGGCUAA